GCUCAGUGGUUGACAACGGGGCCUGAAGCUGUGACAACAACGGCUUUUGGACUGUCAUAUGUUGUCUUUCAAAACAUCAUUUUACCUUGUUUGGAUUCAUAUGUAAGACAGGUCAGACAAAUGAAGUGACAAGCAGGAUAUGAUGUCCUCGUUCCAGGUGGUGGGCUCUUCGCCCACCAGUGGCAUUGGUGUCAUGGAAACAUCAAACUUUGCUCAUGUUAUCUUCCAGAACGUUAGGAAGAGCUUCCUGCCCCAGGAGGCACUGGAGUGUCGCUACACCCUCACCUCCUACAUCACCCCCAACCCCAAAGACUGGGUGGGCAUCUUUAAGGUGGGCUGGAACACAGCGAGGGAUUACUACACGUUCCUGUGGUCUCCUAUGCCGGAAAACUACCAACCUGGAAGCACCGUACACAGGGCUGUGGGUACACAGGGGCACUAUGUUCCCAAGAGUGACGGGGAGUUCUAUCAGCUCUGUUACGUCACGCACAUGGGUGACAUCAGAGGCGCCAGUACGCCUUUCCUGUUUCGCCCGGCCACGCCCACCGAGGACUGUCUCACCGUUACCGAGGACGACAGCAACUCAGACAUACUGGUGGUGACCACCGAGGCAGUGUGCUGGAGGUACACAUACAGAGAUGCACAGGAGCGCAGGGAGCUGUUGACGAGAAUGCAUCACCUUCAGGAGGAGAAACAGCAGCUGCAGGAGGAGCACAGGAGGCUGCACAGAGAGAGGGAGCAGGAGAGGGAGACGUGCUACCUUCUACGCACGCACAACCAGGAGCUGCUACGCUCCUCCCAGGGCCUGUCAGAGGAGAGGGGGGAGGUGAGGAGGAGGCUGCAGGAGGCCACAGACCGGGUCAGACAGCUGGAGGAGGACCUACUGGGAGUCACACAGAGGGGACUGCAGAAAGAGACCGAACUGGACUGUCUGAGAGACAGGUUGAAGAAGCUGAUAGCAGAAAGAGACAGUCUGGAGACUCAACUGAAGAACGAGAAGGACGAGAGGGACCUCUACAAGGGCCACCUGCGCAGCACGGAGCUGGAGAACACCAAGCUGAGUGCAGAGCUGCAGAUGCUGAAGGCUGUGGAGCUCAACAGAGAGGUGACCAUCGCUCAGUUCCAGGAAGAACUGGACAGGCUCCGAGCCUGCGUCACUCAGAAGGACCGCCUGGAGAAAGAGCUGCACACACACGCUGUCGACAAGGCUGAGAUGGGUCGUCUGAGGGAGCAGCUUCGCCAGUGUGAAGAGCAGCUCCAGGCGUCUCGCCAGCAGGCCGCCAUGUUGGCGUCGGAACUCCGUGACUCAGCGAACGCCCGCGAUCGCACCAUGACCGAGCUGUACCGCGCCCGCCUAGAGGCCGACGCCCUCCGUGCCAGCCUGGCCGAUGCCCAGGCCGAAUGCCGGAGGAUGGAGACGCAGUUGGACCACAUGAGGACCACCUCCCAGCAGGAAGUGGGUGUGGGGACCUCCAGUGAGGGGGGGUGUGUGGUGUCUGAGGCGGAGGCUGAGCUACAGAGAGAAGUGGAGGAGCUGAAGCUGCGUCUCCACAUGGCCGCUGAGCACUACAAGGAGAAGUACAGGGAGUGUCAGCGGCUCCGCAGACAGGUGGCUAAGAUCAGCGAGGCCCAGGGGGAGUCAAAGAGAAACGCUGCCACUGAGACGACAAAGGAGCCACUGACACCCAGUCCAGAGUCACCUACAGCAGGCAAUCUGUCUGCAACUGUGCUGAGAGAGACAGUGAGAGGCGGUAGUCCUAAACGCUGGCGAGGAUGGAGGAGAAGUGGGCGAGCAGUGUGCUAUCACGAGCUUAAGCAGAGACUGGCCAAUGAGGAGGAGCGAUUCAGGAUCCAGAUGGUAGAGAGGGCCAUGGAGGUGACAGAGCUGAAGGAGAGUCUGGCUCAGGCCCUCAGAGAGAAGAASCAACUCAAGGAGGAGCUGCAGCAGUGUCAGGGCCGACAGAGGGAGCAGGAGGCUGAUGGUCAGGGGUCAGAGGUCAAACAGCMUGUGUUGCUGCGCUACCCACUUCCCUACCCCCAAGACCCCUCCCCACCCCCCCUGGUACCCCAGAGACCUGCAGAGCUGCAGUACGGGAACCCCUACUCCACCGACAACACUCGAGACGGGGCAGACGGCGCCCUGUCCCCGGAGCAGAUGCUCCGCCCCCCUCCUGAGGCCCCUGGUGCGUGCGCCCCUCCGGCCACCUCCCCGACCCCGUGUGCAGGUGCAGACUGGGAGAGAGAGGUGGUCUGCAUCCAGCCCUCCUCCUCACGAAGCAUGAGCCCCCCCGACGGACUGGAACACUCCCCCGAGGAGCCACGCAACGUCGGUGAUGGGGAGCAGCCUGCCUGCAAUCAUCAGGCCAGCAGCAGACUUACCGCCAACAGGGGCAGCUUCUGUUUCGACCCCAGUGGUGAGGUCCACAAGCGCUGUCCGUUGUGCGAGGUGAUCUUCCCGCCCCAUUUUGAGCAGCGUAGCUUUGAGCAGCACGUGGAGAGCCACUGGAAGGUGUGUCCUGUGUGCUCUGAGCAGUUCCCCCUCCACUGCCAUCAGCAGCUCUUCCAGAAGCACGUGCUCACACACUUUGACGGCCAUGUGCUAAACUUCGCCAACAUGGAGUAGCAGGGCAGAUGGGGGUGUGUGUGAAAGGGAAGGUUUGGAWUAAGGGAUGUAAAGAAGAAUAAAGGAACAUUUACUCAAAUGGGGGUCGAGAUGAUUUCAUUCAAAUUUAACUCGGACCAAGAAGGGAGAUUCCAAAUCAAGAUGAGAAAAAUCAAUGGGGGUAAAUUGCACUUUAUGUUGUAAAUUGAAAUUAAAUUAACUCCAGCCCUGGCCUCACACACUUCCACGAGAACAUGCUACCUUUCAAAAACAUCACGGAGUGUGUGUAUAACUUUGUAUAAGGGGGAGUUUGUCAGUUUAGGGAAAUUACAAAAGAAAUAUGUUUUGCGUGAGGUUUCGGAGCCUUGGAGCUCUUUGGUUUUGUCCCAUGUUGAUGAUAUCAUCACUGCAUGUGUUUAGUAUCUGUAGGAUUCAUCUGCGUUAAUCAGCCUGUCAAUAGUAGCUACUUUACAAGACUUCAUUUUCUGUUUCUGUUCCCAGUCACAUGUAGAAACAGGUGACAUCCAGGGAUGGGAGGGAGAGUAGGAUCAGGUGACAUCCAGGGAUGGGAGGGAGAGUAGGAUCAGGUGACAUCCAGGGAUGGGAGGGAGAGUAGGAUCAAGUUGCCCCUAGACACUAAUGGUCAGUUUUGCGUUUUCCCUCUAAUGGUUAAGGUUAGGAUUUGGUUUAUCUGAUCCUGCAUCUGUGGGUUGGGGAAACUUCUACCGUGGAGGGGGGGGGGUUAGGAUCUUGGGAGGAGAUAUGUGGUCUUCAAGCACCUCCAGCCCAAUGUAAUGUACAGUAUGAGUCAAACUCUUGUCAGCAAAAGACGUCAGACGGUCAAAAAAAUAAUUAGCACUAUUGUUUGAAUUUGACUGCACUAAAAAUACUUUAUUAUUCUGAAUGUAUAGUGUGUGUGUGUGUGUAACUGGGUGGUUCAAGCCCUGAUAGCUGUGCUAUAUUAGACCGUAUACCACA